AAAAGCAGAUUCAGAUAUGUCAGCACCAGAAAAACAUGAAGCGAGCGAAGACGCCAAAGAAACCGCCAAAGUGGAUGAAUUAAUCUCGCUGGAAACCCUGCGUGAAUCGCCGGUACAAUGGCCAGAACGCUUUCCUGGCAUGGAAGAGUUUUUAACUAUGAGUGAUACACCAAUCCACAGACCAAGCGUUGACUGUAACCAGAUCCACACCAAAGUCAACAUGGCUGCCAUUAACCAAUUUGCUCGCCUGCCGCCCGAACAGCUGGUGGAGAAGAUUAAAGCCAUGCACGAUCAAAUCUAUAGAUUAGGUGUACGAGAGUCCAAGGAAAUGACGCGUGGUAAAUUGCUGGGCAUCUUCGAUCGCGACCGGCUGACCAAAGCGAAAGCUAUGCGCAAUUAAUUAUGACUGACUAACAAAUUCAAUUAUACAA